AUGUCGCCCUGUGUGGCUGAAGAUCCUAUCGGCCAGGACAUGGCCCGGUUCACCACCAAAACCGUUCUAGGCUCGAAGUUCGAAACAACCGAGAGGUAUAAAAAUUUGGAGCCCAUUGGAAUGGGUGUUUCGGGACUGGUCUGCUCCGCCAGAGACCAGAUUUCUAGGCGAACCAUUGCUGUUAAGAAACUUGCACAACCUUUCAAAUCUCAGAAUAUUGCAAAACACAUGUACCGGGAGGUCAGGUUGUUGAAAACACUAAAACAUGAAAACAUUAUUCAUUUGAGUGAUAUAUUCAUCUCACCCUCUGAAGAUAUAUAUCUCGUGACAGAUCUCAUGGCAACCGAUCUACACACUCUUUUGAAAUCCAAGAAAGUCGAUAAUCAAUUCUCACAAUAUUUUAUGUACCAAAUAAUGCGCGGUCUCAAAUACGUCCACUCAGCCGGUGUCGUCCAUCGAGACCUGAAGCCAAGUAACAUCCUCAUCAACGAAAACUGCGACCUUAAAAUAUGCGACUUUGGUCUAGCCCGUGUCCAAGAGGCACAAAUGACCGGCUAUGUAUCCACUAGAUACUACCGAGCGCCAGAGAUAAUGCUCACCUGGAAGCGAUACAACGAAAAAGUCGACAUCUGGAGCGCGGCUUGUAUCUUUGCUGAGAUGUUACUCGGAGAACCUCUAUUUCUGGGCAAGAAUCAUAUUGAUCAAUUCUGUGUGAUCACCAGACUACUCGGCUCUCCACCCGAUCAUGUUGUUAAUCAUAUUACUAGUCCGAAUACUAUGAGUUUCGUCCGUUCUUUACCACAGCACUCUCGGAAACCAUGGACAACCCUUAUUCCCGGAGUUAAUUCGAAAGCAACGAUGCUUUUGGAUAAGAUGCUCCAAUAUGAUCCAGACUUGAGAAUCACUGCCGCUGAGGCUCUUGCUUCCCCGUACCUGGCUCCUUAUCAUGAUCCCAAUGACGAGCCGGUGGCGGCAGAGGCUAUCGAUUGGUCUUUCCUCGAUGCUGACUUACCAGCUGAUAUUUGGAAAACUAUUAUGUACGCUGAGGUUUUGGGGUAUCACCAGGAUGGUACAUCGCCACCGCCUGCACAAGAUUAUGAAGGAAUGGAAAUGGCACAAGGUAUUCAAUGUUGA